AUGCUGGGCGGCACAGGCCUGACCAGGUCGGCCACAGCUGCCAGGAUGGCGAGCACGCGAUUGACCGCUCUCCGCUCUACUCGAUCGUUGUCUUCCAUUGCCUCGCGGUCUUUCCGGAAUCCAGUCUCCCUUGGUAAGACGAUUCCAGGGAAUGCUUCUUGGAAGCCCGUGUCGUCCGCGUCCCGGCUGUCCUUUGCUCGUUUCAACUCGACAUCGACCGCCGCAGCCGCUACUACUACUACCACUGCAGAUGCCGCUCAGACCGGGUCGACAAAUAUCGCAGAUCUCUCGGCGCUGGAGAUUGAACAAAUCCCAGAGAAAAUCGGAUAUCUGAAGGAGCUGGGACUGGAUUAUGGCUGGGGCCCAUCCUCUCUCAUGCAAUGGGUCAUCGAACACAUUCACAUCUGGACAGGUCUGCCCUGGUGGGCCAGUAUUGUCGCUGCUGGUAUUCUAGUCCGUAUAGCCAUGUUGAAGCCUGCGAUCGAUUCUUCGGAUUUGGCGGCCAAAUUGCAUGCUGUUCGAGAUGUCGUGAACCCGGUUCGAGAGCGCAUGGUGCGCGCCGCGCGCGAUGGCAACCAGGUAGAGUUGAUCAAAGCCCGAGCAGAAUUGCAAGACUUGAAUAUGAAACAUGGUAUCAAAACCUGGAAAGCCCUUGUGCCUUUAUUCCUCAAUAUUCCCUUGAGUUACGGUUGCUUCCGAGUGGUGAAUGGCAUGGCUGCGCUUCCGGUGCCGGGUCUGGCGGCGGAGUCGGUGGGUUGGAUCACCGAUCUCACGGUCAGUGAUCCCUACUUCGUGAUUCCAACUGCCACCGCCGCGGUCUUCUAUCUCAGCAUAAGGAAAGGUGGAGACGCGGGAUUAAACCAAUUCCAAGAGUCGGCCAUUGGCAGGGCCUUUAUCUAUGGGUUUCCUGUGCUUUCAUUUCUCUUCACGGCGUUUUUCCCGGGUGCUCUACAGCUCUACUUUGCCAGCACUGGUCUGUUCGCCAUCGGUCAGAGCUACCUGCUGAACAAUGCCGGUUUCCGAAAGUGGUUGGGAAUUGCUCCCUUGCCCAAGCAUCGCAAGGCAGAGAGCGAAUCUCAGGAGCGCCGUCGCAUCCGCCUGAUAGAGGAUAGCAUCCGGGCCGAAGCGGAUAAGGCUUUCAAGGAUCAAUUCAAAGCGGACACAAACAAGAGCUCAAUCAGCUUCAUCGACAGGACGGUGAACAGGUUCACAGAGGGUGUGAAGGACAUUCGGCGGGAAGUUCUGGAGAAAGCGCAGGGGCUCACUGGCGGGGGCUCGAAUGCGGCCGGCUCGCCAGGAGCACCGCCGCCGCGACUCAGCAAGGCAGAUCUCCAGAAGGCAGAGGAGUAUGAACGGAGGCGGCAAGAGGAAGAGGAGUACAAGCGGCAGGAACGGAACCAUGCGCGACGGGAGGCAUAUAUGCGUGCUCUCGAGGCGGAGCGAGAGAAGACGGCCCGGAUGUACCGGUCCAAGGAGACGAGAUGA